AUGGCAGCUCCAGGCCAAUCUCCGCACGAUGCAUGUGAUCAUACGGUGAGCAGAGGCCCGGCUCUGCUGCCCCGGCAGGCCAGCUCGGCGCCACCGGCUGGGCCGCCGGAGCUGUCGACGACAUCGUCGUCGACGACGGGGUCGGGGAGGACCGCGCCGGAGGCAAGGGCCCUGAAGGCCCACAGCGAGGCCGAGCGCCGGCGUCGGGUGAGGAUCAACGCUCAUCUCACGGCGCUCAGGAGGAUGAUCCCUGAUACCAAGCAGAUGGACAAGGCCGCCUUGCUGGCCAGGGUGGUGGACCAAGUGAGGCAGCUGAAGAGGAGAGCCAGCGAGGCCGCACAGCAGACGCCGGCCGUCCCGCCGGAGACCGACGAGGUCUCCGUCGAAUUCUGCUGCACAGGGGACACCGAUGACGACGACAGCCGCCUGUACAUUAAGGCGUCUGUCAGCUGCGAUGACCGCCCGGACCUCGUCGCCGGUUUCAUCCAGGCGCUCCAUGGCCUGAGACUUAGGACAGUAAGAGCGGAGGUGUCCUCCCUGGGAGGAAGGGUGCAGCACGUCUUCACACUCUGCAAGGAGGAGGAAGGCAGUGCAGGGUGUGCUGGACUGAAUUCCCUGAAGGAGGCUGUGAGGUUUGCUCUGGCCAAGGUUGCUUCAUCAGAGCUGGUGUGUGGCGGCAGUCCGUUCCAGUUCCAGAGCAAGAGGCAGAGGAUUCUUGAGUCGCAUUACUCAAUCAUGUCCAUAUAG